CAAAUAAGCGCAAACUACAUUCAGGUUCCUGAAGUCCAUUUGACCAUUCCCAAGAGCCAUGAAGUACAGGACGGUGAUCAUGUACAUGGAGAUAGGAUGUUUUGUUAUUUGCGUUUGCGGAUGGAUCCUUGUCUGUUCUACAAUGCCAACUGAAUAUUGGACCUUCUCAGAGGUAGCCAGCAUUGUUCUCACCACUUCAAACUACUUCUCCAAUUUAUGGAAAGACUGCAUCUCAGAUUCAACUGGAGUUUCCGACUGCAAGGGAUUUCCAUCAAUGCUUGCACUUCAAAUGUAUAUCCAUUUGUGCCGUGCUCUGAUCAUCACCUCUAUAAUCCUGGGAUUCUUUGGGGCCAUUCUUGCUUUAGUGGGGAUGAAGUGCACCAAGAUUGGAGGCACUGAGAUUAUCAACGCCAGAGUGACCUUUGCUGCAGGAAUGAACUAUUUGGUUUCAGGACUAUGCUCUAUGUUUGCUUUCUCCUGGUAUGGUAGCAAGGUUGUGGCUGAAUUUAAAAACCCUAACUACAAGGCACAAAAGUUUGAGUUAGGAGCAGGCCUUUUCAUAGGCUGGGGUGGUUCCACUCUGUUGAUAUGUGGAGGCCUUGUCUACAGCAUCUUUGCAGGAAUGGAGGGCUGUAGAUCAAGCCCAGAGAACACGGAUGUGCCGGUGUAUACCACUUACCGCGCUCCCCCGUCAUACACAUCUUCCUCAGCCAAACGGACUUACAGCUUGCCACCAUCCUCCAUUCCCGGCAGAGAGAGCCGAAAGUCCAGGGCCUCCAGCAGAAUCUCUGGCAGAACCUACAGCACAGACCCUUAUGUGUAA